AACAGUUGUGUUUUUAAACCACAAGCAUCUGUUCAAAAUGGACUUUAUUUUACCAGUUUAAUUCGCGUAUGGACGGAUUCAAUUGAUUGCGCCUUAAACCUUCCACGUUUAAGCUUAUCGGCAUAGUAUAUGUUCAUUCACUGUUUGUUUUGUUUUGGCAUGUUAGUAAAGAUAGCUAUGAUAGGCUGAUCAAGAUGGAGGGGUAAUGCAAGUUUUUGGUUUCGCCACUGAUCUCAGGUGUCAGUGAGAUGCAUGCUACCGAGGGAAGGAGCAAGCUAAGUGGCUAAUGGGUUAUGUGGUGAUAUAGGUAGCUAGCUGAUAUUUGUUCAGAUAAAACCAAUAGACUGUACCAUAGACCGCAAGUUUUAAGCUGAGUCGACAUUGGUUCGGUUGGUUUUUGUGUGUCAUAGCAAACUGCGUAGCUAACUCGCAAGUUACUUUACUUUUUGUUGAUAUGACGACCGACAUAGACGCCAGUCUCUGUGUGUCUCUUGAUCUGUCUUCAGUCGUCGAGGAGGCUUUGAGGUCUGCCGUGUGCUCUGUGCUUAACGAGAUUCAAAGACUCAUUGGUAGAGAUGUAGCGGAGCUCCGUGCCGCUGUGGCCAGAAAGGACUGCGAGAAUGAAAAACUAAGAGCGCAGUUAGAAUUGGCGAGACGGGAGCUGCGAGAACGAGCCGAUUUCCCAAAAAAGUCUGUUUUAAAUAGCGACGUGUCAUCGCCUUGUAACGAACAUGAGAGUGGCCAUACAAGCACGUGUCAUCAUAGCAUGCACAGCAACGCAGAUGAAGACCCAAGCAGUCUGGACUUGGAACAGAGCUCUUCCGUUUGGAAUCAACACUGGGACAGUGACACGGGCAGCGACAUACAGCACAAUUUUCCAGACCCUCUAGAGGACAUAGAGACAAAACCUGACUUUACAGGUCAUGCUGAUUACAGUCUAGACGCUGCAGAAUCAGACAAUGAGCCGAACCCAAGCACUGAAGCCCCAGAUAUGAUUCAGGAUGCUGAGUCAAUGAGGACAGACCCCAGUCUUGCAUACACGGAAAGAAACCCAAGUGGCCUCGAUGAUGCCCACACUGCCAAGGAGCUGCGAGUCGUCCAGGUGAAGGAGGAACUUCCCGCUGGACCGGCCUCCUCCACUGCACCUGGGCUUCCUCAUCCUUCCAAGUCGAAGCCCUACAUCUGUGGAGAGUGUGGUAAGAGUUACCUUUGGCUGAAGAGCUUGAAGAAGCACCAGAAGAUCCACUCCGGCGAGGCGCCUUUCAGCUGCAGCAUCUGCUGCAAGCACUUCUCCUCCCAGCAGCUGUUUGACGAGCACCAGCGCGUGCACACCAGCCUGCGGCCUCACCGCUGCGCCGACUGCCCCAAGACCUUCAGCCACCUCUCCAACCUGAAGAAGCACCAGCUCAUCCACACGGGCGAGAAGCCGCACCACUGCAGCCUGUGCGGCAAGCGCUUCCGGCAGAUCCAGCAUCUGAAGGAGCACCGAAAGACCCACGAGGACAGCAAGCCCUUCCGCUGCGGGGAGUGCGGCUGGGGUUUCAAUCACGGGUCCAACUUCAAGCGUCACCUGCUCGUCCACACACGCCAGAAGAUGCGCCAUGGGCUUGGCUCUUGACCUUAACGUCCUUGUGUUAAAAAAAAACACUUUGUGUUGUCAUUGGAAGAAUCACACUUUUUCCCAUAAAACAUGAAGCCCCUCCUUAAUUGCAAUUUAGACAUGUCCGUGAACAUUGAAAAUCCUGGAACUGUAAAACUUUUAAAUGUAUUCAGUAAUUUUAUUCUAUAAAUUAAUGUU